CUCUCGCUGGAGAUCCCUGGAGCGCUUGGACACUUGACCGCUUUCAUCUUGGGGGGAAGGGGGCUACCUUGUGAGGAGGUCAUAAAAAGGAUCCAUAAAUACGUCCAGGAUAGUCCCCAGACUCAGUCAGGGGGAGAGAAGGCAACAGGAACAGAACCUCUGGAGAAGUUCAGGUGGACUUCCAAACCAGAUGUGGAUCAUUCCAGGCACGAGAGUGAUGUGAAGAUGUCAACCCUUGCGGUUCCCACCAUCCACACGCUGAAAAUCGGGACAAAUGGGGAGCGGUCCCGGACCCCGUCUCCACCGGGUUCUCCUGGGCUCCACAGCGACAGCUGCAACAUCGCGCCCCUCACCCCAUCUCAGUCACCGAGGAAUGACAUCCGGAGGCGAGAGGCAGCUCCUUUUGGGGUGGUGGUGGCCAUCGACUUUGGGACCACUUCCAGCGGCUACGCCUUCAGCUUCGUCAGCGACCCUGAGACCCUCCACAUGAUGAGGAAAUGGGAAGGAGGAGAUCCUGGAGUGGCCCACCAGAAGACCCCAACCAGCCUUCUCUUGACGCCGGAAGGCAGCUUCCACAGCUUUGGCUACACGGCCAGGGACUAUUACCACGAUCUGGAUCCCGAGGAGGCCCGCGAGUGGCUCUACUUUGAAAAGUUCAAAAUGAAGAUCCACAGUUCCAGCGUGAGUAGAUCCCAGGAUCCUCCAGACUGAAACAUUUGAAGGUCGCAGGAAGUGGGUUUGCCUAGUCUAGAGAAAAGAAGGA